GUUACUGGUUGUAAUGUGUGUUCUGUAACUGUGCUGCUGGCCAGGAGUCUCUGAAUGGACCUUCCUAGUUGAAUAAGAUCUGACGUGGAGACUCGUUUUUCCCAUGUUGUACUCCCGCCCUGAACACCUCCCUGGUUGAUUGACAGCGCCGGUGGGCGGGGCUUGGAGUUGCUCAACAUGUCUGCGCCCUGAUCAACAGGUCUGAAGGUCUUCUUCACUAUGUCCAAUCAGCAGCUGAGUAUUGGGGAGCUCCUCCUCUCAUUGGACAGUUCAGACCUGCAGGAGGCGGAGCUAGUGAGAGCAGCUGUGAACCAGCAGCUGAGCUCAGACAGAGGAGGCGCUGUCCUUUCCUCGUUGGUGGAGUUUUACCUGGACUCCUCCUCCUCUCAGGUGCUGCUCCUCCUUUCCUCCAUCCGAGAGCACCACCAUAAGGGUGUCUCUCUACAGCCUCUGCUGGAGAAGCUGAAUGAGGCUCUGAGCCGCUCUGGAUCCAGACUCCCUGCUGUGACUCUGCUGGGUCACCUGAUCAGGAAGCAGCCGCCAUGGGUUCACACCGUCAGCCGCUCCCCCCUGCUGCCCUCCCUGCUCCGACAGCUGAAGACGGAGACGGACGUGGUGUUCCUGAUCACCGCGGUGCUCGUGCUCAUCACACUGUUACCCAUGAUACCUCAGGCCGGGAAGCAGCACAUCUAUGACUUCUUCGACGUGUUCGGACGCCUUGCAUCCUGGAGCUACAGGAACCCUGGUCACGUGCCGGUGGAGCACCUGGUGCACCUGCAGGCGGGGGUGUACUCCCUGUUCCACCGGCUGUACGGCAUGUUCCCCUGCAACUUCAUGUCCUACCUGCGGCUGCACUACAGCAUGAAGGAGAACCUGGACGUCUUCCAGGAAGUCGUCAAGCCCAUGUUGGAACAUGUACGGGUUCACCCGGAGCUGGUCACAGGGACUCAGGACUACGAGCUGGACCCGUCCAGGUGGAGAUGUUACGAGGUGCACGACAUCGUGAUAGAGUGUUCGCGGGUCUCUCUGGACCCUCUGGACUCGUCCUGUGAGGAGGACGCUUACUCCUCCCUCAGAGAACCGCCCCCUUCCCCAUCCCCCCUGCCACACCUCAACCUCACCUGCAGCCAAGACACCAUCAGCAGCUCAGCAGGAAGUUCAGUGUGUCCUCUGCUGACCUCCUCUCCACUCACACUCAGCUCUUCAGAUAUGCAGGUUGAUGAUGUCACCUGGAGCCCCUCCUCUCAAUGUGGUUUGUCGACGCCCCCUCCUGAACCUGCUGCUCCAGGCCCCGCCCCCCCGUUGAGCAGGACCACCUCCAUCUCAGGUGUGAAAUGCUCCUCCUCAGCCACCGUCCAGGUGGUGCCUCUGGCUGAAGAGAUCCAACAUGGUGGUCAGACUCCUGACAACAACACCCAGGUAAAGCUGUUUGCAGAGCAGGAGUCCAUUCAGCCAAUCCCAGAGGAGCAGGGGCGGGGCCAGAAUGAUGACAUCAGCAGUGAAGGUGAUCAGCUGAUGAUCAGCUGUGCAGACACCCUCCUCACCUCCACCCCCGCCCGCCCACCUGCCGUCUGCCACACCCCCCCUCAUAGGUCAGAGGGAAGCCCUGCCCCCUCCUACGAGCCUCUGUUUGAGCUCGCUCUCCCGCGAGCCGCCUCACUCUUCAUCGGGAGGAAGACUCAGGAGGCGCUGGAGAGAGCAGCUGGGGGGGGGGGAGGAGAGAGGAAGGGGGAGGAGGAGGAGCUCACCUCCAUCUCCCCCUUGCAGGCCCUGGAUCAGCUGAUCGUCCACGGAUAUGACGCCCACCAUCACCUCAGCCGGAGGUUGUCAGCAGCGAGUCGGUCGGUGGAUCGGAGUCAUUUUGGAGGUAAACAGCAGAGCAUGAAAACUAAAGAGGAGCUGCAAGCGCUCAGCUCUCAGCUGUUGCUGCUGCAGGCUCAGCUGCAGUACGAGCGUUUCAAGAGGCAGCAGCACGCCGUCAGGAACCGCCGCCUGCUGAGGAGAGUGCUGAGCAGCACGGCCAUGGAGGAGGAUGCCGUCGCCAUGAAGGGGCAGCUGUGUGUGCAGGAUGAGGAGAUCCGCUCUCUGAAGUGCAGUCUGCAGGAGGAGCAGAGACGAUACACACUCCUGCAGCAGGACACACAGACACACACUGAGCAGCUGCACACACACAUCCAGCAGCUGCUGCUGCAGCAACAGGAAGUGCAGAGAGACACACAGAGACUCAAGAGCGAGUUGAAGGAGGGUCAGAAUAGGCUGAGGGAGCAGGAGGCGGAGCUUCAGAGAGCCAAUAACAAGGCUUCCCACGCAGAGCACCAGCUGACCCAGCUGUCACUCAAGCUGUGCAGCAGUGAGCAGCUGCAGCAGCAGAUCUACCUGUUGAACCAGCAGCUCGUCCUGAUGAGAGAAACCAACAGAGCCCUGACCGAACAUCUGGAGGGGAGGGGCCUGCACCGAGGCACAGAGGUGUCCAUGCUGCAGUGCACUGUGGGUAAGGAGCACCAGCGGCUGAAGGACAGUGACGUCCUGCAGAGACAGAAGCUGGAAGCAGCCAAUCACAGAGCCUCAGAGCUGGAGGUCCAGCUGAGCAGGAAGGAGCAGCUGAUCCUGGAUCAGAAGAAGCUGCUGGAGGACUCGAAGGCCCGCAGCAGAGCGGAGUUGUCAGCCUGUGAGAGUCGCUGUGACGCUCUGAGGAGAGUCGUUCAGACGCUGCAGACGGAGACACUCCACCUGUACAGCCAGCUGCACCUGGACACACACAGCCGGCCCCAGGACGUCAGGCCUAACGGCAGCAGUGUGGCCUUACCUGCUCCUCACAAGCCCCGCCCCUUCUCUUCUUCUGUCGGGAUACUAAAUGGUGGGACCCUCUCCACCUCUCCACUGUACCUCCCCUCCUGCUCUUCCUCACCCCCCCUCUCCCUCUCCCCCAUCGACUCCCCCCUCGCCGUCGGCUCCUUCCUGGAGCAGCGAGCCCGACAGCUAUUCAGACCAACCAAUCACAGCGCAGAGGAGGAGCAUCAGGAGGAGGAGGAGGGAGAAGGAGAGGAAGAGGAGGUCCAGCCAGAGGGCCCGGCUCUGGGUCAGGAGGCCGAGGAGACCCCCCCCCUCACAGGGAGCACUGAGACACCCGGCCUGGCCUCCUCUAGCGGCCCGGCGGCUCCCCUGCCUGCUGACCUGACGUUCGCUGUGAGGCAGCGGCGCCACGAGCUGAGCAUCAUGGACUAUGACGAGACGCAGCCCGAGUUCUGACAGGUUCAGGGGGACACUCAGCGGGGGGGACUCUGAUGGCUCUGAGCAUCUUUCAGGCCCGUUAAUGGAUCCGGUUCAUCACGCCGUCUGAACCCAGACCAGCAGCUGGGUUCAGUCAUCUCGUAUCAAACAUGCAGACCUCUUUCAGGACGGUGUGUGUCAGGUCUCUCCACACGCAACACGCUAACAGCUUUAAACGCGCUGCUGACCGCAGCCUGGGGGAUGAGCGCUAUGCUAACAGCUAGCUGCUCCAUCAGCUCAGUGGAGCGUCUGUAUUCCAGCUGAGAGGCUUCAAACAUCUGGAGCGCAGCUCUCAGGAAGGAAAGGCUCAAUAAUUAGCUGAUAGUUCAUUAGCACGUUUUGCUAAUGAGCCACUGUUGGUUGGAUAGCAAGUUAAAGUUAGCUAGAUGAGAAAUAGCUGCUUCUGUUUAAAUGCUAUCUGAUGUUAGCCUCAGAUUUAUGAGAACUGAUUCAAUAAAGCUAAGGAAACUAAAUGCCCAGCAGAGCCAUUAACGACGCUAACAGUGUUUGGUUAGCUCUGUGUCAGAAAACAACUUCUGAAACCAUAAAUAAGAGAAGCAAUCUGAGAGUAACCCUUCGUUAGUGCUGACGAGUCUACAAGAAGCUAACUGCUGCUACGCUAAUCAACGUUAGCUGUUCUUGUUUCCUCCUGCGCAGCACCUGAAGCAGCUCUGACUCAGGACUGUGGGGGAGGAGGAACCCUGGGAUUAAUAUUGAUAUCACGUUAACGAGGGGUAGCAGCUUUAACUGACAUGCAGCCUUUCAGGUCUCACACAUCUUUGUUUUUCAUUAACUCAUUAUUUUUCAAAUGAUUGAUUCUUUAUGUGCACAACAUUAACAGGAAAGCAGUCCCUCCGAAAAUACUCUUUAAAUAUGGAUAAAAAGAAAAUACAUCUUGUGUAUUAUAUUCACCGUUUGUGUAAAAUCAUUCAUGACAUACCUACAGAGGCCGACAUAUGCAAACUUCCUCCAUCAGGAGGAACGUGCUGCAGCUUCAGAGAGGAUGCAGAUACAGAAACGCAAAUCAGAACUCAUGCAGAGACAUCUGCAGCAGCUCUUCAACACAUGCAGCAUCUAGAGAACAUUCAGCAGAAGGAACAUGAGCAGUUUACUGAAAGCUGAAGAAACCAAACGCUGCAAGAAGCUCCAACACAACGGAGACCAGGGGACACUAAAGAGAGACGCACACAGCUGGAGACCAGGGGAGACUACUCUCUUUAGUGUCCCCUGGUCUCCAGCUGUGUGCGUCUCUCUUUAGUGUCCCCUUUUAGUAAACUGCUCAUGUCUCCUCUGCUGAAUGUCCUCUAGAUGCUGCAUGUGUUGAAGAGCUGCUGCAGAUGUUUCUGAGUUCUGAUUUGUGUUUCUGUAUCUGCAUCCUCUCUGAAGCUGCAGUUUCUCCUGAUGGAGGAGGUCUGGACUGCUGUAGCGCCAAAAAUAAAACAUCACUGUUGCUUAAACAUAAAAUCUUUAGCAGAAGUUAAAUAAGGGAUGACUUAUAGUAUAAAUUAAUUAUUCAAAUGAAUGUAAACAUAUGUAUGAUAAGUUUGCAUAUAUAUAUAUAUAUAUAUAUAUAUGCAAACGUUUAAAAACUGUAAAAGAUAAAAGCCUUAACGUCUCCUCAGGGUCACAGCUCAGGACAACAGAAGCCUGAACAACUCUGAUGUUUUUCUUUAAGCCUGAUCGAAGGGGCUUUCUCUUUCAGGAGCAUGAACAGGAAAGGUGUGUUGUUGUGAUACUCAUGUCAGCCACAAGAGGCACCGCCCCGUGCUCUAAAUACGACUCAAACCAUCAGGUUAGCGCAUUGCUAGCCUAAAGAAAGACACAACAUUGAAGCCCUUCCUUCACGUUAUAAUUAGUGUUUGCUGUAGAAAUUCAAACUUCAGUUUCCAGAACAGGAAGAAGUGCUGCGCCCUGUGGCCGGUAUAAGUAUUACAACAACAUCACUUUUUAUCAUCCUCUUCUCCUGACAUGUUAAAUCCUGACCAGCAGAGAUGAAGUCCUUUAGGGCGGAUUUAGAGAAAGUAUUACCAAAACUAUAAUAAAUCAGCCUCAGGGCCACCGUACAGGACCUCAGAGUAAUAGAUUACUGUCUGUACCUGUGGGUUUAGCCUACCUAGCUUAGCCUAGUUUAGUAUAGUUCAACAUUUUGUGAAAUAAUAAACUGCUGCUUCCACUCCUCAUGCUAAGCUAGGCUAACUGUGUGGCUCUGAAGGCCUCAUCGUCCCUCAGAAUAAAGAGCUUUAGACGGGGUGGGGGGAGUUUAAGUUCAGGAAGUGAAACCAAAGUGUGGUCCUGUCGUCCUCAGUGGAGGUCCUCUGAGUAACUGUGAACGCUGGAAUAAAGAGUUCAGAUCCUC